CCUUGUUUCCUUCACUUGCUCUCACGCUCGAGGUCCUUUACGUGAAAUAACUGUCCACGACAGCAGUUCAAGCAAUUAAUCAUGAUAUAAUUAAAGCAUAUAUGCGAUUAUAUUACCGUAUCCCUGCGACAAUCAAGGAAUAGCUAGCUCCUAUUGGACUGGUCGCAAAAUGAGAGGUCCACACGGACACGGUCAUUCGCCAUCCAUCAAGCCGCGGUGUCCUUGAUAUCCAGCUCUAAUCAAUGAUGACGAUUCUUUCUUUGUUUGUUUUUUGUUGUGAAAGGAGAUCUACUCUCCACGAAAACCAAAGACAAUAACUUCUAUGCAGAGAUGCAAACUUCGGUUAAGCAGUUACGCCGUUCGUUUACAAGAAUCCAAAGACUGAUGGAUACUUAUCCAACAAACUGCCCUCCUUGAUCAACCGAGCUGAUUGCUCUCAACGGGAAUCAUGGAUGACGCCGGUGGAGACUGUAUCGAGCGCCAUGCACGAGCUGCUGAAAAAGACAGGCAGAGUGUAACCGACCACGGAGGUGAAGCGCCCGAGGUACUUCAGCCAAUUCACGAGACUCAGGCUCACCUCGACCCGACAAGAUGGUGGUUCGCAUCAUCUGCAUUCCCCAUGAUGGCUGGCACCCUAGGUCCUGUUGCGUCGGCCUUCAGUAUAUGCGCCUUGGUUCGACCUUGGAGGCAGCACGUGCCGCCAGGAACCAACAUCAGCCAAGCCGAGUUUGUCCAAGACCCGACAUAUCUGAUCGCAGUGAACGCUGUUCAGCUGGCGGUUGCAAUAGUGGCCAACUUGUUCCUGUUGCUGAACAUGGCCCGGCGUAUAAGGUUCACCAUAGCCAUGCCGGUAACUAUUGUGGGAUGGUAUCUCUCGUCUAUUUGCCUCAUAUGUCUCGCUGCGACGGCUGCAGGGCCAUUAGUCCUCCAGCCUGCGGAAGAGUACAUAUGGUCACAGGCCUUUUUCUAUGGCAUUUAUGCUGCCUUGCUUUACUUCAUCGUGGCCACGCUUCUGGUCGUCACCGCGUACGGGGCUCACAUCGGCCGCUACGACCGCGACUUUCAGCUUACGGCGAGCCAGCGUACCUUGAUGCUGCAAACAAUCAUGUUCCUCAUGUAUCUACUCGUCGGAGCACUAAUCUUCUCCUCCAUUGAGGGAUGGGCGUAUCUCGAUGCCGUUUACUGGGCCGAUGUGACCUUGUUCACUGUUGGGUUCGGGGAUAUGGGAGCAGCGACACCGCUGGGUCGAGGACUAUUGUUCCCUUAUGCCCUGGUUGGAAUCAUAAGCCUAGGUCUCGUCAUCGGAUCAAUUCGGAGCUUGGUGCUAGAGCGUGGAAGAAGGAUGAUCAACGCGCGUAUGAUCGAGAAAAAGAGAAGGCACACCGUCAAGCGUCUUACCAAGAAAGGCCAGGUCGAUAUACUCGCGCCUGUUAGGAAUGGGACCGAAGAGCAGACUGAGCACUCGCAUGACCCCAGCAAUCCAGCAGAAAUCGCACGAAGACAGAAAGAGUUCCAACUGAUGAGACAGAUCCAGGCACAUGCAGCCAAUCGGAGACGUUGGGUUGCCAUGGCCCUCUCCUCAACCACAUGGAUUGUGCUUUGGCUUCUUGGGGCCUAUAUUUUCCAGGCAUGCGAGGCACCUUACCAGGGAUGGGGCUAUUUCGAUGGGGUUUACUUUGCCUUUGUCAGCUUGACAACCAUAGGCUACGGCGACGUGACGCCCAUCUCAAAUCCCGGAAGGUCGUUUUUUGUGUUUUGGUCACUCUUAGCUCUGCCAACGACAACGGUGCUUAUCUCGAACGCCGGCGACACUAUUGUGAAAAGUAUUCGAGACCUGACGGACCGGAUCGGCGAGGUUACCAUCCUCCCUGGUGACAAGAAUGUCGUGGAGGACGUGAAGUCUAUCGUGCGGAGGCUAUCGCUUGGAAAACUCUUCAACGAGGGAGAGGAAAAGACCGACGGUCUGCCCCCAGGGUUCCUUGGUCAGGCAAGAAUUCGGCGGUCAUCCGAUGAUACCGACAGCUCUGAACGAAGUGAUGGGGACGAUGUCGAACCAACAUCCAAAUCCAAAGACGUAGGGACUGGCAAAGAAAAGGCCACUGCUGAAGGGUCCAGAUCUCAGAUGAAAGAAAAGCACCCAAGACAAAAAGAAAAAGGCCCAGCUCAGAACGAUGGCGCAGUAUCUCGAGAAGCCGCGUUAGGAUUCCCAAAAGACCUUCCCACAAGCCGUGCCGCUUAUCAUGUUGUGCUCAUUGAUGAAAUCGCGCGCGUUGCCAAGCAUAUGAAACAAAAGCCGACGAAAACAUACAGCUUUGUCGAGUGGGCCUGGUACCUACGCCUGAUCGGCGAGGAUGAGAGCAACCCAGAGAUUCAUCGCCAGGCACAGCCACAUGCGCGCGACCACCACCACCACCCACCGCACUUGGGUCGGAAGGAGAUGCACGGCAAUGAAUCUGGGGAAAACGGACGGCGUACAAGCAAAGACGAAGAAAUAUCCGAUAAACCUGGCAGCUGGAGCUGGAUCGGAUCUCGAAGUCCCCUGAUGGGGAGGCAGGAUGAGGCUGAAUGGAUACACGCCAAGCUGGUGAUGAAGUUGUCGGAGGAGUUGCGGGCUAAGAGGGACGAAGAAAAGGAGUUUCAGCAAAGAGAAACUAGCUCUAGUCAAAGUUCUGGGUGAUUGGGACAAAAUGAUAACAAACAAAAAAAAAAAAACGCAUAAAAAAGGCAACAUAUGAUUCUAGUAUAACUAUAAUUACCUAAAGAAUAAAUCCACUGGAUCUAGUCGUGGUAUCGGAACAACCAGACGAUGUAGAGGGUCACAGGGAAUAAAAGAGAGUGUACCGGUAGGUACUUUUUUGAGAAGCGAAAGGAAAGGCAAAGGGGAUUGAGUAACUACUCCGUUGGUGGGAUUGAGUAACUACUCCGUUGGUGGAAUUAAACAAUCUGAGGUUUUGUUUGGCUACUGAUAAUCUCAUCAUCUUGAC